CUCUCUUAGCUAAGAUCACAGACAGACAGCACACAAGCCCGGCAGAGGUUUAACAUCGCCAGAGACAGCACACAAGUGACACACAUUCAAAUAUAUACGAUUAUAGCGAGCUAAAUUCUGCAAAUUAAAAGAGAUCAAACAUGAAUGGAAAACUUCACACUGAAAGAUGAAACACUUGUGAUAUAACUUUUUGACAGUGGAUUAUAUUUUCCUGCAUAACUGCUGAUAUUCAUCUCGACCAACCGGCGGAGGACGUUUUUGUAUUUUUACUCUCUACAUAUGCGUUUGAUCAUGGCUGGGGAGAAACUUAUUCACCUGCUGAAGAGAUUUUGGAUGAUGUACCUGGUGCAAGUUUUGUGUGUAAAGGGCAGUAAGUUGUGGGAGGUGCCGACGGCUCCCCUCGUACCACACGGCAACCUCAGCACAAGGUUGUUUUGGGAACCCCAGUGCCAGGCUCAGUUACGCCACCUGCAGAACGAGGCAAGAAUCACAGCCACUAUACCACCCAAACUGGAUGGCCACUGGGUGUCAAGCAGAUGUGAGGUGCGACCCGGUGCAGAAUUCCUCACUCGAUCCUACACAUUUCACCAAAGCCCGACCCGUCUCUUCAAGGCUCUCCAGCACUAUUACUCCGAUAGCGAGUGUCACACGCCUGCCUACUCCCUUGUGAUCAAAGGUAAAUUGAAACUACGCCAGGCAUCAUGGAUCACCCGUGGCGCGACUGAAGCGGAGCACCAGCUCCAUAAAGUAGGAAUGGUCAUUCACAGUCAAAAGGCCAUCCAUCAACUCUCCACCCGUCUGCCCUCAUCCUGUCUGGGUCUGGAAGCUGGUGGACACCUGGCACGUCAUUGGCUUUAUGAACUCUUUAAUGCCAAAGAAGAGAAAGACUGCUUGGGUGCUCUUGGAUUCUCCAUGAUGGAGCUGGAGUUACUGAGGGUGGAGACACAUCAUUAUCCUCACAGCAGGCCGGUGAAGGAGCUUUUCUUAGGGGAUAUACACACAGACUGGAAUGAAAGGAUUUAUCAUAGACCCACUGGUUAUCAGGAGCCUCUACAGAACGCUAUGCAUCAUAUUCAUCCAUGUCCAGUGUGUGCAUUGGUAUACCGAAGCUCUGAACAGCAUCCACCCAUUCUGCCCUCAUCAGCAUCUACACCCCUAAACCUUGACGGACGCUGGGUGAGCCAACGCUGCGAGUCUCGUCCAUCCGUCCUUUUUCUCACACGUCUUUUUACCUUCGGCGAGGAGCAUCGCACAUGGGAGGGAACCUAUCAACAUUACUCCGACCCAGUGUGCCGGCGACCUAGUUUUACACUAUCUGCAUCAGGACAUUACGUCAAAGCAGGCCAGUCUAUUAAAGUACGUGGUGCCACUGAACUAGUUUUCAAAGUGACACGAGCAAAAGUGGCCGUGUUUGAACGAGGACUGUUGCGGGAAUUGAAUUCGGCACAGAACGGAAGCUGUGGCCAGGCGGGUGGAUGGGAAUUGGGCGUCGAGCAAGAUAUAACCUUGACGGAUGGUUGUGAAGCACUGGCGAUUCGGCUUCCUCACAAAGAGUACGAGUUGUUUAAAAUGGAGCUGGAUCAUAAGGGCCAACCCCUGUUGUUUAUCGGGGAAAGGCCCACGGAUGGAUCCAGCCCGGAUCGACUUGGUAAAAGACCAACGUCAUUUCAGACACCAAUGGUGAGGUGCAGCACAGCAACCGGGGUGGAGCUACGGCACGGUUCACGUAGUCAACGUUUAACGGGACCAAAGAUGAGCUCUGCAAAUGCGCUGGGUUCCUCAAUGAUUCUUCUUUUUAUUAUAAACGUAUUGUUUUGGGAUACGGCUGUCUAAAACUGAUUCAUCUUUGCCGAAAUGGACAAUGGUGCCAUUUUCAAAUAUUGACCUUUACAGUACGCUAUGGGAUAAUUACGGCACAAUCCGGCCCAUUCAGUUCAGUGCGGUUACAAAACGCUUGCUCUGAAAUAUGACACUUUUUAUCAAUGUAUAUAGAUUUUUUUUCUAAUCGUGUGGUAUACAUACAUUCAAAUAUAAUGUCUUGUUUGGUACUUUGAUAAAAAACUACAGAGGACUCUAUGACUAUCCAAAGCCUGAACUUUUGGUCGAAAUUCAUUCAACGACAUUCCAGCAUUAACAAAGACAGUUUAAACAGUGAGUGGAAAUAAAUACAGAAACUUUCUGAGAAACGUGUUGGUGGUCGAAUGCCUGUUUCAGACCUUGUCCUGGUUGUAUAUAAGUACAUGGACUUUGGAUAUGGACUACAUUAAGCAUGAUGGUAUGGCUCAUAAAUUACCCUGUAUAGUUUCAACAUUGGACUGUUGUCUUUAAAGCAAGGCAAUGUAGCUAUGUUACAAUCUAAAAAUGUUAUGUAGAUGUAUUCUUAUUAAAUGGUGAGGGUGCCUCCUUGGACAUAUUUAUUGCUAUUAUUAAAGUAAUUUUGAUAAGAAA